GGCACGCGACAUGCGUACAAUAGCAAAACAGGACAACUAACCAAAAUGGAAGAUAGUAAAGAGGUGGUUCAUCCGUCGCACUUUGAUAACUACGCCCUUUCCAACUCUUAACGGACUUCUCAAAGCCUCUCAGAGGAGCUUUGAUACUUAAACAAUCCAAGAAUUCCUACAUUGCCUCACUCACAUUAGAUCUUCUUCUCUUCGUCGGAGCUCUAACACUUCUCACCAGAAAACCAAAAUGCACUCGUCAUUUUCGCUUUCCCUCUCUCAACACAUUACAGUUCCCAGAUCAAAUCACGCGUUUGAUUCCAUCCCUUUCGCUCCCUCUAAGCCUAUAAAUCUCCGAUUUUGUGGUCUGAGAAGGGAGACCUUGGGUUUCUCUUCUCUUUCUCGGUCUCACUCUCGGCAAGGACUUCAGCUUCACACUACAACUACUUCAAAAGGAAUUUCAGCUUCUCUCGCUGAUAAUGGAAGCCCUCCAAAGUCGUUCGAUUACGAUUUGAUCAUUAUCGGAGCUGGUGUUGGUGGUCAUGGGGCUGCACUUCAUGCUGUCGAGAAGGGCCUGAAGACUGCUAUCAUUGAGGGAGAUGUGGUUGGAGGCACAUGUGUAAACAGAGGAUGCGUUCCUUCCAAAGCUCUUCUGGCUGUUAGUGGUCGCAUGCGGGAGCUUCAGAGCGAGCAUCAUAUGAAAGCUUUGGGUCUGCAGGUUUCAGCAGCCGGGUAUGACAGACAGGGAGUUGCUGAUCACGCAAACAACCUUGCUUCAAAAAUUCGUAACAAUUUAACAAAUUCUUUAAAGGCACUUGGUGUGGACAUAUUGAUGGGGGUUGGUGCAGUUUUGGGCCCACAAAAAGUGAAGUAUGGGAAAGCUGGUUUUCCUGACAAAAUAGUGACUGCAAAAGAUAUAAUUAUAGCUACUGGUUCUGUUCCUUUUGUGCCCAAGGGCAUUGAAGUUGACGGGAAGACUGUAAUUACAAGCGACCAUGCACUCAAACUGGAGUUUGUUCCUGAUUGGAUUGUAAUUGUAGGAAGUGGUUAUAUUGGUCUAGAAUUCAGUGAUGUAUAUACUGCACUUGGAAGUGAGGUCACCUUUGUUGAAGCUCUAGAUCAGCUUAUGCCUGGAUUUGAUCCUGAGAUUGGGAAGUUGGCUCAAAGAGUACUCAUAAAUCCAAGGAAAAUUGACUAUCAUGCUGGAGUAUUUGCAAGCAAGAUCACUUCAGCAAAGGAUGGGAAACCUGUCACUAUUGAGCUUAUUGAUGCCAAGACCAAGGAACACAAAGAUACUUUGGAGGUUGAUGCAGCUUUAAUUGCAACCGGAAGAGCUCCAUUCACAAAUGGUCUUGGUUUGGAGAAUAUCAAUGUUGUGACACAACGUGGUUUUGUCCCUGUUGAUGAUCGUAUGCGUGUUAUUGAUGCUGACGGAAAUCUGGUACCUCACUUGUAUUGUAUUGGUGAUGCGAAUGGUAAAAUGAUGCUUGCUCAUGCGGCCAGUGCACAAGGAAUUUCAGUGGUUGAACAAGUCACUGGAAGAGAUCAUGUGCUAAAUCAUUUAAGCAUUCCAGCAGCUUGUUUCACUCAUCCUGAAAUCAGCAUGGUUGGAUUGACAGAGCCUCAAGCAAGGGAGAAAGGCGAAACUGAAGGAUUUGAGGUAAGUGUUGCCAAGACAAGUUUUAAGGCCAACACAAAGGCCCUUGCAGAAAAUGAAGGAGAGGGACUUGCCAAGUUGAUAUAUAGACCUGACACUGGGGAGAUACUUGGAGUUCAUAUUUUUGGGUUGCAUGCUGCUGAUCUCAUCCAUGAAGCAUCCAAUGCUAUAGCGUUGGGGACCCGCAUUCAGGAUAUAAAAUUUGCUGUACAUGCACAUCCAACUCUGUCUGAAGUCCUUGAUGAACUUUUUAAAUCAGCAAAGGUUGAAGCUCACGUUUCAAGUCAAGUGAGCGAACCGAUUGCAGUCUAGGCAUCUCAAUACUCAAAAAAGUACAAAAUUUUUAAGAAAUCUGCUUGUGUCAGGAGCUGCCAAGGAAUUGCAUGCUAAUAGGCAAGAGAAGUCAACAAAUUUGCUUUUCUUGAGUUUGUUGCCAAUUCUAUUUAAAAACCACGGUUUUUAGGUAUCCAAGAGUAAGAUUCAUUGUAUGCUUCAGUUUUGGACAAUGGGACUACUUCAUACAAGUUCUUAACGGUGGUUGGAUGUCUUCAAGAGAUACAAGAAUAUCAUAGCAGUGUUGAUUUUGCCA